GACAACAAUUUGGGUUUUAAAUUAUUAGUUCUCAAACACCGGAUGACUGAGGUGGUUAGUUUGUGAAAGUUGCUGGAGUACACGGAGUCUCAGAUGGGGGAGACAUCUAAGCACACAGGUUCGACGCGGGCCGCCAUGGCACCACCGAAGAAGUUCACGGCUCCCUUCUUCUUCGCUUUUGACGCCAUCUCAGAAACAGAGCCACCACCUUCCGCAGACAUAGCGCUAUUCUGCGGUGAAAUGCUUUGCUCGCAGUGAAGGGGACCGGUUAGCACCAACCCCAACCAUAGCACGUCUCUGAAAUAGCCUUAUCUUAGCGCAGAAUCGGCAUAUUGUGCUGUGCAGCCACAUUGCGCACCAGAAUGUUAUCGUUAGCUUGCUAGCAGGCCGUGAUGAGCUUAAUCUUGCGUUGCUAGCUAGUGUUAGCUCCGGCCGAGUUAGCAAGCUAACGCUACAGAUGGCUAAAUCAUCCAAUCGAUUUCGGACUGACAGAUGUCCCGCACAGUUUUCAGAUAACAAAAUGAGGCGCAUAUUUAAUGUUAAAAUGUAAAACGGACAACUAACGUUAGCACUUAAACUAAGUCAGGUUUGACUUUAUCGUCAAAUAACGAAAUGGCAGCCGUAGCUUUUAAAUUAGUGAUAAUUUUAAUAAUAGUAGUAAUGUUACCAGCAAGAAGUUGGACGUUUUGUUUCAGUGGCGCGCUACACAAAACGGUUAGCGUUACAGUUACGUCCAUCAAGGCAGUAACAUAGCUAGACCACAACCCCUAAGGUGUGAAUGACCUGUUGUGUUUGAAUAUGUUUGUUGUAAGCAGUAUGUAAUGUCAAAUCAAAUCAGCGGAUUGGAAAGACUUAGUUUUGUCAGUUAGACAGUCAGGGUGUGAUGAUGACAAGGCGGUGUGCGGAAAUCAGCGUAAACAUUUAUCCGAAAAGACCUCUUCCAUACCUUUAGUCCCCAGCAGGGGGCGAUGUGUCCGUCUUACAGGGUUUUUUUCCUCAGUUGCUUUGGCGCAUACAUUUUGACCGACAUGACAUUAGCAUUGAUGUUGGUCAAAACCAUACUGGUUCCCUGCUGAGCAGUGCUACCCUAUAACAAAGUGGCCUUGUGUCAUUGCUUGUGUCAUUGCAUGCAGUUGUGUUGAGCUAGUUGCCACAGUCUGUCUGCCAUAUGUGUGGCCUGUCCGACAGGAACGUCAGGAUGUACAGAAAGAUAUCCAGUGGUGCACCUCUCUGGCCAAGUGGUGUUUUACUGUAUAUUGGCCAUUUUCAUUUGCACAAUGCUGUAAAGGCCUUUGUUUUCUUUAUACUGUCAUAAUAUCUGGCAAAAACAACAACAACUUUUAAACACAUCCACAUAUUUAGCAUCAACCCUAUUCACUAGCAGUAAUGUCUAACCUUAUACGCAAGUCAAGUUUAUUUACAUAGCAUACACAGAGGUCAACUUUAUAGCCAAGUCAAGUUUAUUUAUAUAGCGCAUUUCAUACACAGAGGUCAUUCAAUGUGCUUUACAUGAAAAAAAAAGUAGCAAAUAAAAUCAUAGAUGGGCAAACAGUAAUAAUGAUAAUAAAAAAGAUCAUAAUAAAACAUAAAAAGAAAGCAGAAAUCAAGGUAAAAUAAUUGAAUAGCAAUAAAGAAUAAUUAACAAGAAAACAUAAAAGACCUAAGGUGGAAUAAUUAAAGACACGUGCUUGGGUGGGGAUGAUGAUGUAUGUAGGGGAUCAGUUCUGUUCUUAACAGUUAGACUUUGCCAGAGUCUAAUUUAGCCAACCAGUGAUAAUGAUCCCUCUCAAACAGCCAGAGCUGUUGCCACUCUCAUUGCUCAUUUGAGGCUACACACACACACACACACACACACUUACACUUUUAUAAGUCCAGUAGGCCAAAAGACUCUUAUUCCCAGUGCAGUACGCCUGCUCAGUUUGCACAAUGUCGCUCUACUGCUCAUAAAUGAUUCUGAUGAUUCAUCAUCACAGUUAACACACUCCUCAUUGCACAGGCUGUAGCAUAAGACAUUACACACACACACACACACACACUCCUCAUUGCACAGGCUGUAACAUAAGACAUUACAUACACACACACACACACACACACAUUAUACAGGCCACAGUUUGCGAGAAAUGAAAAGACUAUCAAUCAGCAAUACGAUGAUUCUGUGAUUGUGUGGAACUAUAGCUGGAGGUUUAAGGACAGUGUGUGUGUGAGGACAGUGGGAGCUGAUCACUGUUUUAAAUGGACCUGCACACACACAUACACACACACACACUACAUGUACACACACUACAUGUACACACACAGCACAAGGAAAUACAGUGGCCUGAUUUUAUGUGUGUGUUUGUGUGUGUGUACAUGUGCGUCUCUCUGUGUGUUUGUGUGUGUGUACAUGUGCGUCUCUCUCUCUCUCUCCCUCUGUGUGUGUGUGUGUGUGUGUGUGUGUGUUGCAGCAAUGGAGACGUCCUCCGUGUACAUGUGCUUCCCGUGCUACCAGGAGUUCCCCUCGCUGGAGGAGGUGCUCGCCCACCAGCUCACCUGCAACGUGGAGGCCCCCUCACACACACCUGCACAGAGCAGCCAGGAGCAGGCUGAAGCUGAGGAGAGUGUGUGUGCAGACGCUGAGGAGAGUGUGUGCGCGAUGGCCCCGGAGGAGGUGGGCGUGGCCGAGCUGUGGGGUGACGAGGGUGCGGAGCAGAGGCGGGCGUUGGGGGCGGGGACUGUUGCCGCGGGCGACACCCCCCGGAUCCUCUACCAGUGCGGCGACUGCGAGCUGCUGUUUGAUUCGCUGGGCCUCUGGCAGCAGCACCGCAAGCAGGGAGGCUGCCAGCAGGAGGCGCAAGAGACGCUGUUGAGCUCGCCCCAACACGCGCACACACACACACACGCGCAGGGGUUGAACACACACACCCUUCACUCCCACGUGGAGGCGCAAGGGGACACACACACACACACCCUCUCACGCUCGGAGGCGGAGACUGAGGCGGGGCAGGGCGGGGCCUGCGCUGAUGACGGACAGGCCGAAGCCACCAAUGAGGCGGGGCGUGGAGCGGAGACGACGGAGACGUCAGCUGAGACGGUGUCGCCCCCCCCGGUGCCCCCCCCCUCGUCGCCCCCGGUGCGUCGUCGCGGCGCGGUGAAGCGUGCGAAGCCUCCGAGCAGCCUGCUGUGCGUGGAGUGUGGCGCCGGCUUCUCGGCCAUCUCGGAGCUGGUGUCGCACCGCCGCACCCACCACGGCCAGCAGGAGGCGCUCCACACGUGCGCCGUGUGUGGGGAGGGCUUCCUCAACACCACCCUCUUCCUGUACCACCGCAAGCAGCACCCGCAGCCACACCCCGCGCACACACACACACACCCCGCGCACACACACACGCACACACACACACACACACACACCUCGCUCAUCGCCCUCCAGCAGGACGUGCAGGUGGAGCUGCUGGAGGAGGAGGAGUCUCGCGGACAGGGACUGCUGCUAUUGGCUGCUGCGGGGGAGGGCCAGGGCCUGCUAUUGGCUGCUGCCGGGGAGGGGCAGGGCCUGGCGUCUUACUUGCCCAUCGAGGUACAGACCACGCCCACCGACCACGAAACCACACCCACAAACGAACAGGCCACGUCUACAAACACAGAAACCACACCCAUUGAGGUCCAGACCACUCCCGCUGAUGCAGAGGUCACACACACAGAUGAUCAGACCACUCCCACUGACCACGAAACCACACCCACAAACGACCAGGCCACGCCUACAAACACGGAAACCACACCCAUCGAGGUCCAGACCACUCCCACUGAUCCACUGACCACAGUGGUGGAGAUUCAGGCCACACCCUCAGAGAGCCAGACCAAUGAGAAGUGCUCGUCUCAGGAGGAGGAGGAGGAGGAAGGGGAGGAGCCGGAGAGGAAGCGUGCGCGGCUGGAGCAGGAAGUGGCGGCGGAUGCGGAGGAAGUGAGUGUGUGUGAGACGACGACGGAGGAAGUGAGUGUGUGUGAGACGACGACGGCGGAGGAAGUGAGUGUGUGCGUGACGUCGGCGGCCGUCACGUUUCUGUGUCGCGUGUGCGGUUCCUCGUUCUCCAGCGAGGGGGCGCUCAAGAGGCACGGCCAGGAGCGGCACGGCCACAGGGGGGCGCUCCACACGUGCGCAGUGUGUGGCCAGGAGUUCAUGAGCACCACGCUGUUCCUCUACCACCGCAAGCAGCACCGCACGCACACACACACACACACACACGCACACGCGCCCACUCCGCACAACAACUGCCAGCCCACAGAAGAGGAUUCUGGAGCGGCAGGCUGCGGCGGCGGCGACAUCUUGGUGGAGCUCCCUGACGACCCCACGACGACGACAGUUCCGAUGGUCUCGGUCGCCCUGGCAACGCCAGACGCCGGCGGCGCCGCUCUGAGCAGCAGCGAGCCCAUCCCCCCGCCCCCCGCCCAGCUGUCGCGUGAUUGGUCGAGAGCGGCGCUGCCCCACCGGUGCCCCCACUGUGGCCGCUCCUUCACCCGCCGCUCGCUGCUGCGUGCCCACGUGAGCGGGCACACGGGCCAGAAGCUGUUCCGAUGCCACGUGUGUGCCAAGGCCUUCUCUUCGCCCGCCAACCUGCUGCGGCACACACACACGCACACACACACUCCUCACCUGCGCCCGCACCGCUGCCCCGUGUGUGCCAAGGACUUCAGCCAGCCCGCCACGCUCAAGAGGCACAUGCUCACACACACGCGGCCCGGAGGAGCCUACCGCCACCGCCGCCGCCUCACACACACACACACACUCCGCACGGGCGGCCACGACGGAGACGCACAGGGCCCGCACCUGCACACCUGCCCAGACUGCCCCGCCAGCUUCAGGAUGAACACACAGCUGCAGAAGCACAGGCUCCUCCACACCAGUCAUCCGUUCUCCUGUGAGAUCUGCAGCGAAGCCUUCAAGCGCAGGAAGGACCUGGACCUGCACUCCCUCUCACACCAAGAGCCCAAGUCGUGCCCACACUGUUCGGCUCAGUUCCUCAACCAGACGGUGCUUCAGGUGCACCUGCAGCGUUGCCCCGGCAACCAGGCGGAGUCCUCGGAGGCGUCGGUGGCCGUGGUGACGGUGGGCGGAGGCGGAGCAGGAGGUCGUCGGGGGCGUGGGCAGGGGCGUGGCAAGGCGGGCGGGCAGCUGGAGUGUGAGAUGUGCGGGCACCGCUGUGUGACGCGGGAGGGGCUGGAGCUGCACCGGCUCUCCCACACGGGCCAGACGCCCCUGCGCUGCCCCCUAGUGCCCUGCAGGCGGCGCUUCGCCUCGGGAGCCGCCCUCGGGGAGCACGUGCUGGUAGCGCACUGCCAGGGGGGGGGGGCCAGCCACCAGGGGGGGGGCAAGCAGAGGGCACCCAGCCGCUACCGCUGCCAGCACUGCGCCAAGGAGUUCGCCUAUGCGUCCACCUUCGCCGUGCACAUGCGCAUACACACCGACGAGCGCCCCUUUGAGUGCUCCACGUGCGGUAAGCGUUUCCGGCAGCUGCCGCACCUGCAGGACCACGAGCGUAUCCACAGCGGCCUGCGCCCCUUUGCAUGCUGGGUAUGCGGCAAGAGCUUCAGCGUGGCGGCGCGGCUGACGGAACACGCGCGGGUGCACAGCGGGGAGAAGCCGUACGCCUGCCCUCGCUGCCCCACCGCAUUCCGCUCCCGCGCCAACCUGGACAAGCACCUGCACCUGCACGCCAACGAGCCACGGAACGGCCCGGAACACGACGAGGCGCUCGGGGAGGGCGAGUCCGCCGUGCAGACCAUCCUAUUGGUCCACCAGGUGGCGCCGUCGUCGUCUCCCACGCACCAGCUGGAGGCUCCAGAGGGGGGCGCCACCACCACGCUCAUCCUGCCCGCUGAUCAGGCCUCGUCGGCGGGUAUGCUGGUCCCGGGGUCCCCCUCCUCCUCCUCUGGAGCCUCCGUGGUCAUCCUGCACCCCACCAUCACCGUGCCCUCACACACACACACACACUCACACACACACACACACCCCAACAUCUCCGUGGUGGAGGGACAGGAUGUACCACACACCAUAGAGUUCAUUAUUGAGGAGACCGUCUAGAGUCACACACACACACACACACACACACACACACACACACUCACACUCACACACUCACACCCCAACAUCUCCGUGGUGGAGGGACAGGAUGUACCGCACACCAUAGAGUUCAUUAUUGAGGAGACCGUCUAGAAUAACACACACACACACACACACACACACCCCAACAUCUCCGUGGUGGAGGGACAGGACCUACCGCACACCAUAGAGUUCAUUAUUGAGGAGACCGUCUAGAGUCACACACACAGAUAUGGAUAGAGAGGGAGAGAUGGAUGGAAUGAGAAAGGAGGGGAGGGAGGAUGCUGACUGCUGACAAACAAGAUUUAGAAAUAGUGACAAUGAAUUAAAUUCCACACACACACGUCUCUGUGUGUGUGUGUGUGUGGCAGAGAGAGAGUUUGUGUGCAAAUAUAAGAUGUAGAAAAUGUGAAUAUAAUCAAAAUGUUCAGACACACCUGUGUGUGUUUGUGUGAAUAUAAGCAGUGUGUGUGUGUGUGUGUGUGUGAGAAUAUAAGCAGUGUGUGUGUGUAAUUUGCUAUUGAAGGUUGUGUAUGAAAAAGGAUCAGCAGAGAGCAUCAGUUCUGUAUAUAUAUGUAUAUAUAAACACACCUGCGCUCAGGUGUGCUGAGGUGAUUCUGUUCAUAUGAACACACCUGAGCAGGUACAUACUGUAUGUAUACAGGUGUGCUGAGGUGAUUCUGUUCAUAUGAACACACCUGUGCUCAGGUACAUACUGUAUGUAUACAGGUGUGCUGAGGUGAUUCUGUUCAUAUGAACACACCUGUGCUCAGGUGUGGGGAGGUGAUUUUUUCUUUUAAUGUUGAUGUUGAUUGACAGUUCUGUUUGAAUCCCAGCGGAUGCCCGCUUGCUAAUGUGUUGCUGUUCAAUAAACCACCCUCUGCUCUACCA